ACGCAUGUGUACAAUUCAACAUGGCGGCAUCAGAAUCUGUGAGGGCCCGAAAAGUGUUUGUUCAUCCUAUGGUGUUAUUUUCCAUCGUGGAUGGCUUCGAAAGGCGUUCAGAAGAUGCUAAAAGAGUAAUAGGGACUCUCCUUGGGUCAGUGGACAAAACAUCCGUCGAAAUUCGAAGCUGUUUUGGUGUUCCACACAACGAGUCGGAGGACGAGGUAUUUAGCUAUUUUAUGCUAAAGAUUUGGUCUCGAACAAAAAGGUUUUCUUGGUAUGCCACAGGUUCAGAUGUCACAGAACAUUCCUUGCUCAUUCACGAGUAUUAUUCUCGGGAGACUAGCAAUCCAGUACAUGUUACAGUGGACACCACCCUUAAAGGAUCACGAAUGGGAAUUAGAGCUUAUCAGAGCUGUAAAAUGGGUGUUCCAGGGAAAACAGAAGGCACAAUCUUUUCACCAAUCCCAUGUGAGGUUAUACUCACUGGACCAGAGAGGGUUGGAGUAAACUGGCUGCAAAGAACAAAAAAUACAGCUAAACAGAGCAUUACACCACUAUCAGAUAUGCAACAUGUCAACAGUGCAAGUGAAAGGCUGUUAGAAAUGCUUGGUACUGUAGUAGCAUAUGUUGACGAUGUUCUGGCUGGAAAAGUACCAGGUAACAACAGUGUCGGCAGAGAGUUAAUGGAUCUUGUUACAUCAGUCCCUCGUAUGUCUCAAGAAGACUUUGAGUCUAUUCUCAACAGCAACAUGCAGGACCUUCUGAUGAUUGUGUAUUUAUCAGGGCUUUGCAAGACGCAAAUCUCACUGGGAGAAAAACUCGCCACUGUGCUAUAGUGUUAUGAAUUACAGAAUAUACAAUAAAUUGUAAACAGUCUCAA